UUGUUGUAUUUAUCAACAAAAUGUAUAUACAGAUUACAGACUUUGAAUCUCAGUCACAUUUAGUGCUUGCAAAACUUUUGGAGUUGAACCCCACCAACUUUAUCUAGAUAUCUCUCUUUACCAACUUCCACAAAUUCAUUCUCUUCUCAUUUUCAUCUUAAUUAAUAUCCUAUUUUUCUUGAUUUUGUUCCAAAGCUUAUUCAAAAACUGAGCUUUAUUCAGAAUGUCAAUAGAGUGUGGUAAUGGAUUGGAAGAUUUUAAAGUAUCUCCUUAUGAAGAGGCAAUGAAUGCAUUGUCUUCUUUGAUCACUACCCGCAGUCGAGCUGAGAAAAGCAAUAGUGGAGAUCGAUUUGAUUUGCUAUUUGAUUAUGUUAAGAUAUUGGAGUUGGAAGAACCGAUUUCCAAAUUGAAGGUUAUUCAUGUAGCGGGCACCAAAGGAAAGGGUUCAACAUGUGUUUUUGCGGAGUCUAUAUUACGCAAUUGUGGCUUUCACACGGGACUUUUUACAUCUCCACACCUAAUUGACGUCCGGGAAAGAUUUCUAUUAAAUGGUUCUCAAAUGUGUCAAGAAAAGUUUUUGGCGUACUUUUGGUGGUGUUUUGAUAGGCUAAAGGAAAAAACCACUGAUGAAAUACCAAUGCCUACUUAUUUCCGCUUCUUAGCUCUUCUUGCCUUCAAGAUAUUUUGUGCCGAGCAGGUCGAUGUAGCUAUCAUGGAGGUUGGACUCGGAGGAAAAUAUGACGCAACAAAUGUGGUACAAACACCAAUCGUCUGCUGUAUAUCCUCCCUUGGGUAUGAUCACAUGGAAAUUCUCGGAAACACUCUUGGACAAAUAGCUGGAGAAAAAGCUGGCAUUUUUAAGGAAGGUAUUCCUGCAUUUACUGUGCCACAACCUGAGGAGGCAAUGGUAGUGCUCGAGGAGAAGGCCUCGAAAUUGAAUGUUAAUCUUCAAGUAGUAUCAGCAUUAGAUCCUAACAUGCUAGAUGGUGGUCAGCUUGGACUUGAUGGUGAGCACCAAUUCUUAAAUGCCGGUCUUGCAGUCGCGCUGUGCUCCACUUGGCUUCAAAGGACCGGACAUGUUGAAAUCCCAUACCAUAUAAACACCACCUCCUUGCCCGAGCAAUUUAUCAAGGGGUUGACAAGUGCUAGUCUACAAGGAAGAGCCCAAAUUGUCCCAGAUCAAUACAUAAACGCUGAAGGUUCGGGAAAUUUGGUGUUCUAUCUAGAUGGAGCCCAUAGUCCAGAAAGCAUGGAUGUUUGCGGAAGAUGGUUUUCACAUCUCAGCAAAGACGAUGAGCAGCCAGGGAACUAUGCAGAGCAUCUGCCUUCUAAUUCUUCGACUUUGUCUCUUGAAAUGGGACGCGGUUUUCACAAUUCUGCUAUGAGGAAUUGCUCAAAUCAGAUAUUGCUUUUCAACUGUAUGUCUGUACGGGACCCUCAUUUGCUUCUACCUCGCUUGAUGAAAGCUUGCGCAAGUUACGGAGUGCAAUUCAAACAGGCGCUCUUCGUUCCAAAUAUGUCGGUGUAUAACAAGGUCAUCACUAAUUUGCCACAACCGACCACACGAGUCGAUUUUUCAUGGCAAUUGACUCUCCAGAAAGUAUGGGAAAAUCUAAUUAAUGCGGAAAAAGGUGGACAUGCCAAGGAUUCAGGCAUCAGCUUUGAAGACGCGCAUGAUGAAUCAGAGAACGGUAUUAUUAGCGGUACAAACAGCAAAGUCUUUCGGACACUUCCCUUGGCCAUAAAAUGGCUGAGAGAUAUUGCUCGGCAAAAUCAGUCGAUUCGUGUUCAGGUCCUUGUAACGGGUUCUUUGCAUUUGAUUGGGGAUGUUUUAAGAUUGAUAAGGAAAUGAAGUACCGAUAAGGAGUCUUGGUGAUAAAAGGUCUACUUUUUGGGCACAAUAAGAAGAUGAAGGAAGCCUUUGAAGAUUGUUGAUACAUUUUCAAAAGCAGUUAUUUAACUCGUUCCUUAACAAGAAACGACGAAUUAAACGUGAUCGUUUGUAGAAAUUGAGUAGAUACAACUCAUACAAGCCCACAAUCCACAAGAGAAGAAAACGGAAAUGGAAAAGGGUUGAAUUUCAAGUUCUCUUCCAUUGUUACCAAAGAUCUUUCACGAUGAUAUAGUUCUUUUAUGUAGUCGUUCAAGAUUAGGGCAUUGGCAUUAUUAUUGUUCCAUUGCUAACACUUUAUUUCUCCUAUUGCAAUGUUGUAAACAUGCUCUCAAACUCGGAGUUCAAUUCAGCAAUUCUUAUAAUUUUUUCCAAAACAAA